GUUGGUAUCAGUGCUUCCGGGUUGGUGUUGCGGUGGCGUUUCCGACUGUGGGAGUCGCGGCUUCCCAGUCGUCCGACGAGCCCGAGCAGCUGAGUCCCUUCCCUGUCUUUCACUCUUCUGGCAUCGGUGGUUUUACUUCUUCGAUUGAACCCUGCUUCCUCGACCCCCCUGGGAGGCCGCCUCCUUCAGGCGCCUCCCUUCUCUCCACGAACUCGCUCUGACAGCCGAGGAACUGGCAAGAUCCUGCUACCCAGAGGGUGAAUGGGUAUCUUUCCCGGAAUAAUCCUAAUUUUUCUAAGGGUGAAGUUUGCAACGGCGGCGGUGAUUGUAAGCGGACACCAGAAAAGUGCCACUGUAAGCCAUGAGAUGUCUGGUCUGAAUUGGAAACCCUUUGUAUAUGGCGGCCUUGCCUCUAUUGUUGCUGAGUUUGGAACUUUUCCUGUGGAUCUCACCAAAACUCGACUUCAGGUUCAAGGCCAAAGCAUUGAUGUCCGCUUCAAAGAGAUAAAAUACCGAGGAAUGUUUCAUGCCUUGUUCCGAAUCUAUAAAGAAGAAGGUGUACUAGCUCUCUACUCAGGAAUUGCUCCUGCUUUACUGAGACAGGCAUCAUAUGGCACCAUUAAAAUUGGCAUUUACCAAAGUUUGAAGCGAUUGUUUGUAGAACGUUUAGAAGAUGAAACUCUGCUGAUCAAUAUGAUCUGUGGGGUAGUGUCAGGAGUGAUAUCUUCCACUAUAGCCAAUCCCACUGAUGUACUGAAGAUUAGAAUGCAGGCUCAGGGAAGCUUGUUCCAAGGCAGCAUGAUUGGCAGCUUCAUUGAUAUAUACCAGCAAGAAGGAACAAGGGGUCUCUGGAGGGGCGUCGUCCCAACUGCUCAGCGGGCUGCCAUCGUUGUGGGAGUAGAACUGCCCGUCUAUGACAUUACAAAGAAGCACCUAAUCUUGUCAGGGAUGAUGGGAGAUACGAUUUUAACACAUUUUGUUUCCAGCUUUACGUGUGGCUUGGCUGGGGCCCUGGCUUCCAAUCCUGUUGAUGUGGUUCGAACUCGCAUGAUGAACCAGAGAGCAAUCGUGGGACACGUGGACCUCUACAAGGGCACUUUGGAUGGUAUUUUAAAGAUGUGGAAACACGAGGGCUUUUUUGCACUCUAUAAAGGAUUCUGGCCAAACUGGCUUCGACUUGGACCCUGGAACAUCAUUUUUUUUAUUACGUACGAGCAGCUCAAGAGGCUUCAAAUCUAAGGACUGAAUAUCAUGUGAGCCAAACCCUGCCAACCUUUCUACUCACCUACUUUACCCUUUUCCAUGUUCUGUUGUCUUUUGACAAAAUUGUGUUUACUGAACCAUUGGUCUCCCAGAACCUCCUGAUGGAAGAACACUAGGAUGGUUCUAAAUUGUUUCUAAAUUGCUUGUGUUUGUAUUACCAUGUUAACUUUUCCCUGAGAGAAAGUGUUAACAUUGAGAGUCUGGCCACAGAUUGGUAUCUUCUGUGAAGAUGGAUACUGAUGGAUGACAUUCCAAAUGGCCUUCUUUUCAAAUGUGGGUUCAAUGUGGCUGGUUAGCCCCAGACUGGGCUCAAGCAGAAGGCAUAGGCCAGGGCAGUUGCUGCAGUGUAUGUCACAGACCUCAGUUCUCAUUAAAGUAUUUAUUGGCAGAUCAC